GAAAUACACGGAGACACUUCCCUGUAGGAACAGAAACAACGACGCACUCCGGUCGUGUUUCUUUCGUCGUAAGCAAACAACAACAACAACAACAACAUUAUUAUUGAAUUCUUCUACAUUUAAGAGCUUAAACAUGCCGAAGGUCGUGUCCAGAAGUGUGGUGUGCUCGGACACCAGAGACCGAGAGGAGUACGACGACGGAGAAAAGCCUCUCCACGUCUACUACUGCCUCUGCGGCCAGAUGGUUCUGGUUCUGGACUGCCAGCUGGAGAAGCUCCCCAUGAGGCCCCGGGACCGAGCCCGGGUCAUCGACGCCGCCAAACACGCACACAAGUUCUGCAACGUGGAGGUGGACGAGAACGCGUACCUGAAGAGGGCCGAGGGCAUCGAGAGGCAGCACCGCAAGAAGUGCGGCAAGUGCGGGCUGCUGCUCUUCUACCAGCACCAGGAGAAGAACAACCCGGCCACCUUCAUCGUGGACGGAGCCGUGGUGAAGUUCGGCCAGGGCUUCGGCAACACCAGCGUGUACAGCCAGAAGCAGCCGGAGGCGCCCAAGAAGGUCCGGGUGAUGAUGACCAAGCGCACCAAGGACAUGGGCAAGUUCAGCUCCGUCACCGUGUCCACCAUCGACGAGGAGGAGGAGGAGAUCGAGGCCCGGGAGGUGGCGGACUCGUACGCCCAGAACGCCAAGGUGAUCGAGAAGCAGCUGGAGAGGAAGGGCAUGAGCAAGAGGAGGCUGCAGGAGCUGGCCGAGCUGGAGGCCAAGAAGGCGAAGAUGAAGGGCACCCUGAUCGAUAAUCAGUUCAAGUAGUGGGAGAGGGGGAUCGAUGAAGGUGGACCACACACAUCUGGAGCUCCUCAUCCACAUGUGCAGAGAGGGGGCAGUAUAUAUUUAUGGACAUAUGAGUACAGGACUGGGGAUCUCUUGUG